AUGUCGGCCAUUCUGUCUGACGAUGACGAAUUGAUCAACGGACUUGGGUCUGAAGUGGUGAUCACGAAGCCAUUGCCAGGAAACCACAUGGCUAGGACUAGAAAAAGGUGGUCUAGUGGGUCUGCUGACAAGAAACCCGAUGUAAUCAACAGACUUAUUGAUGGUGUUCACACUGAUGUCACAAAGGAUUAUAUUUCCCCAGGUCAAUUAUAUUCGACUGAAUCUGGACGCUUGUUCCACGCAGGAAAGAUUCUGAUUGUGCUUGUGGGACUUCCAGCCACAUCUAAGACGCUACUUUCAGUUGCUAUUACGAGGUAUACGCGUUGGUUAGGUGUUCGCACCAGAUCUUUCCAUGUUUCGGAGUACAGAAGAGAAAAGGUUAAAACCGAAAGGGGCGAGGUCCCAGAUGACUAUUUCUCUGCGAAGCCUAGUUCAAAGGAGGGUUGUAAGUUUAGAAAGGAUAUUCAAGAUAAGAUUAUACAAGAUAUGAUGGAGUUCUUUGAUGCAAAGAAGGGUCAGUUGGCUGUUUACGAUGCCUUAAAUAUCUUGAGAGAGGACAGAUCUUUCAUUGAAAAGUCAUUCAGUAAGAUGCACAUCAAAGUGCUUUUCAUUGAGUCAGUAGUCACAGAUCAGGAAUUGGUUAAAAGAAAUGUCGAACUCGCGCUGAAAUCUGAUGAUUAUAAGGGUUGGUCUACCAAGUACGCUGAAGAAGACUUUAUGAAAAGGCUCCAGGCAAAUAAGCAUCUCUACGAAGAAAUGAGUCCCGAUGAAAACUUGAGCUAUGUGAAAUAUAUCAAUUUCGGUGAGAAAUUGACCGUCAACAAUAAUAACUACGGUUACUUGAUCAACAAAAUUGUCUUCUUCCUAAUGAAUCUUCGUGAUAAAAAGGGCUGUGUUUAUUUUGCACGUUGCGGAACGAGUAACAAGGAUAAGUACAUCGACGAUGAGGAGUUGAACGAAGAGGGUUUAGAGUAUUCCAGGGUACUAACGGACCUUGUUCUUGAACAGAUUAACAAGAGAAGACUUAAUGCUAAUGACACUACUACGCCCACUCCAGAAGUGCAAAGAACACCAUCUCUAGUUUCUUUGACCGAAAGAUGUAAAUCACCAUUAGUUGCAACUAGUGCAUCGUUAAAAAGAUCCGAGUCUACCGGAAAUGCAAUGUACAGACAGCCUGCAAGUGGUGAUGGUGUAGAUGAUGACUCCUUCGUCGUUUGGACUGCACCAAGGAAAAGGACUUAUGACACGGCCAAAUAUUUCGCAGAACUUGGCAUAUCAGUAAGGCAGAGAUCACAGUUACAGCAACUUCAUCCUGGUGUUGUAGCUGAUAUGACUGAUGAAGAAAUUAGUGAGAAAUUCCCAGGCGAAUAUCAAGAAUAUCUAAAAGAUCCAUAUCAUUUCAGAUUUUCAAGAGCAGAAUCUUAUCACGACUUAGCAGUAAGAAUGGAGCCUCUUCUACUAGAGAUGGAGAGAAUGUGUGGUGAUAUUUUAAUUAUUGGACAUGAGUCUACUCUAAGGGUUCUAUACGGAUACUUAAUGGCCUUUUCUUGCUCAGAAAUUCCUCGACUUUCAUUCACCAGGGAUGAGUUGAUUGAAAUUUCAUUUGGACCUUUCGAAAAUAGUGUGAAGAGAAUUCCUGUUAGGAUGGAUUGGAAUAAGUAG